ACAGAAAAUAAGAAACUGAUUUUUAUAGACGAUUUUUGAGUCGUUUAUUUUCGUGACUUCGCAGACCAUAUACCAAUCAUGUUCGUGACCCGCAGCGCACGUUUCAAUUUUCUAGGAGAGUACUGGAAUGCCUGUGCCGGCGAUGACGUGCAAGCUCGGGAAUUGGUCUGCGAGGCCGCCACUGUCUGGCAGGCUCUUAGUCCGGCGGAGAAGUUGCUGUUCGAGGAGGACAAGUAUUUGAGGGCUCGUUUCGCCGAAGCAGGCAGCUCAGCUGACCGAGAGCGUGCAGGAAAUGGUCGGCAAAUCCAAGAACAGGCGACUACAGACUACAGCCAAGCCGAAGUUCAAGGCAGCAAAAAGUGUCCCCUAAUGAUCCGAUUGAUCUAUUCUCUGAGCGUGGUCAACCUUAAGUUUUUCUCUUCUGAAAUUAAGGCUUAG